AUGGGGCCUUGUGGUUCGACCCAGUGGAGUCCUGGGUGGGGUCCCUCUGCUUCCCCCUCCACGUGGAACCCUGAGGCGCCGGCCACUGAGGAGAGGAGAGUGACGGCCACUCUCCAGCCUCCGCGGAGAGCCAGACGGCUUUUAGCUCACGGCUUUAGCCCCUACGGUCCCAGGUUCAAUCCCCCCUGCCGACUGUCCCUCGGCUCUACACCAGCACCGCCCCCAACAGCCGUGCGUUCUCCCUCUUGGGGGCCAGGUAACCAAGCUGCUUUCUCUGCACUGCCAGGUUCCACGUGGCUGCUCCCUGUGACCCUGGGGGUGGGGGGAGUGCUGCUGCUGAGUGUGGGCCUGGUGGUAGCCGUGGUGGCAGUCCGGCGAGUUAACUCCAGGAGACGACAGCUGAAAAGGGAUCAGGACUCAUGCUGGACAGAACGGAACUUUCCCACCACAGACAUGUCCUUCGAUAACUGCCUCUUCACCGUCUCGGUGUGGACCUGGCAGCCGCGGGCAGCCAAGAUGCCUGCAUCUCCCCAGGUUCCAGGACAAGGCUCCACUCCGCUUCCUCUCUGGAGAGCAGCAAGUUCAGCACGUUCAGGUCUUUGCAGUGAUGGCCCAGGUGGUGGCUGGCUCCCACUGUUCCCGCUGCCGACCCCGGUCCCAGCUCUGGCCAGUACUUCAGUCCUUCUGGGGGCUGGGAGUCUCCUGACCAGAGGGGCCAUUUCUGGGGGGUGAUUACACCAGGAGAACGGAAGGAGCUUUGUUUAAGCCUCGUGCCCGGCCAUGCACCUCCAGGGACACCGUGGCAGGAUGCCCAGUCUCCCUUCUGCUGCCUGAGAGGUCACCAGCUUACUCCGAGUGGCUGAAUCUGUCCCGGCAGCUGAGGCUGGAAUCAGGAAGAUCCCGGUGGGGGUUGCAUCUCUUUGGGCAGGAUUCGUGUGGCUGGCAGUGAAUUCUGCUGUAGCCAGGAUCUUAUUCACACCCGGCAGCCCCUCCUUUCUACCCUCCACGGCUCCGUCCUCCGUGCAGCGCUUCCCUGGAAUGACGGCGAGGGGAGAAGAGCCAAAGACACCAGCAGUGCCGCUGCCAUGAAGGCUGUCAGCGGGCUAGUGUGCACGGAAGGGGCAGCGGGUCUAGCCCUCGGCUGGACGGAGGCGGCUGGAUAGGGGGUGUGCGGGGGACGGGUGGUUUGUUGUGGCUGGAUGAGCGUGUCAGGGUGGAGGAAGACGCGUGUUUGGGAAUGAGCAGUGGGCGGAUGGAGAGACGGGCGAACGGCUGUUUGGGGCUGGGUGGGCACACCAGUGCGCGUCCUCGGCAAUCAGAGAGAAAAUGCCAUCAAAAAGCACGCUCCUAAGAGACCCGAGCCAGUGUCCAUGGCAGCCCCAAAGGCACUGCUUUCCCGUCCGACUCGCCCCUACCCCACCCUCUGCUUCCCCCACGGGCCGGGCUGUUUGUUUCUGGAGGACGUGAGAGUGGCCCAGCCAGUCGACACCUGAGUUCUAACCCCAGCCCUACCAUCGGUCUCUCCAGCCGGAGGAGGGCUGGUGAUACUCCCCUCGAAGGGGUGUUUCCCAAGCUCUCUGACGCCACUAGGCGCUGAGCAUUGGAGUCUUGUUGUCUAUUGCAAUAAAGAUGUACAUUGGUUGU